CCCUUUCUCAAAUCUCAUCUUCUUCGUCCCUUACUAUCUAUUAUAACAACAAUUAUAAUUUAGAGUUAUCUUUUUUUUGUUCUUACCAAGAGAAAAGUUAUGGGUUUUCCGGUGGGAUAUACGGAUUUAUUCCUACCCAAAUUGUUUGUCCACUUGCUAACCGUUCUCGGUUUCAUUAGAAAGUUCAUUUGCACGAUUUUCACUGUUUUUGGUUUAGGUGAUUUCCUCGAACCCGAAGUGUCGUUUCCGACCCGACCCGAAUCACACUCGGAGCUCCAUUCAGUGUCGGCGGCGUUGAUCCAGGAGUUACUUCCGGUGGUGAAGUUCUCUGAGCUGGUUGACCCGCCGGAGAGCUGUGCAGUUUGUUUGUACGAGUUUGACGGAGAAGAUGAGAUCCGACGGUUGACGAAUUGCCGGCAUAUUUUUCACCGGAGUUGUUUGGACCGUUGGAUGGAUCAUGAUCAGAAAACUUGUCCACUUUGCCGGACGCCAUUUAUUCCGGACGAUAUGCAAGAGAGUUUUAAUGAGAGAUUAUGGUUGGCUUCCGGCAUUUCUGAUAUUUACGGCGAGUAUUCUCCGGUCGCCGCCGGUUUGUAGCACUUUUUUUUUACUUUUUUG